GCCCAAAUGACAGAACUUGACCAUAAUAAAGUGGACUGACAUUAUUUAAAGAUGUGGGGGCCACACGGUGCCAGCUCUUUCAUAAUUUCAACACCUCAUCUCUUUUUUUACUUAUUCACGGUGACCAGUGACUCUCCCUGUCAAUGCUAACUGCUCCUCGCCAUUUCAACAUACGGAGUUGUAGUAAACAAAACCCCACGCCACUCACUUUUUUUUCUUUUUGACACUCAAAUUUUCUUCACUUAUUCCUCCAUCCCCGCCGUUCAAUCAGCUCACUCUAAAUUCUGUAUAGUCUUCCUCUCUUUAGUCAAUCAAAUAAUAAUUAGCUGGUAUAGGGAGCUCAUGAUACCGAUACGAUGUAAUUAUGGCUGUAUAAUACAUUUGAUGAGUAGAAACUGUCCUGUUCAGGAAAGUUGUCUUCGUUCUUCGUUCUGAUUGAUUCUGGAGAUCGGAAUGAAGAAACUCUAUCCGGGUUUCCCCGGUAUAGCUUCAAGAUCGGAGCUUUUUCUGGGUAUUCUUUUUCUUGCGGCUUUUGCUGCUACUCCAGCUCUGUCCCAGGCCCCGGAUGAUGCAGCUGUAAUGCUUGAGCUGAGGAAGGGUAUCGAGAUUCCGAAGGCGGCGGGUCUCCGGUGGGAGGAUAAUGUCCCGUGCAAUUGGGCGCAGGUGGAGUGUGAAAAUGGUCGGGUCACGAAGAUCCAAAUUGGGAAAAAGGGUAUAACCGGGUCUCUCCCGGCCAAUCUCGGAAACCUCACCUCCUUGACGGUUUUCGAAGUGAUGGAGAACGGCCUCGUCGGAGAUGUGCCCAAUCUCGCCGGGCUGUCCUCGCUUCAGAGGCUCCUCCUCAACGGAAAUGGGUUCACUUCGAUUUCCCCCGAUUUAUUCGCCGGUAUGAAUUCCUUGGAAACUGUUACUCUAGACAAUAAUCCUUUCGCCACAUGGCAGUUCCCGGAGAGCUUGAAGGAUGCUUCAGCUCUCAGGUUUUUCUCCGCUAUUAAUUGCUCCAUUUCCGGUCCUCUCCCCGAGAUUUUCUCUAGCUUCCCCAGCCUCACAGAACUGCGUUUAUCCUUCAAUAGUAUAUCCGGGCAACUGCCUUCCAGCUUCUCCGGCUCACCCCUGCAAACCAUGUGGCUGAAUGGGCAAAGCGGUGAUUCUAGACUUAACGGGCCCCUAGAUGUUCUGCAAAACAUGACAGACCUUGUCCAAGUUUGGUUACAUGGGAACUCUUUUACCGGCUCAAUCCCGGACUUAUCCGCACUCGAUUCUUUGAAAGAGUUUAGUGUGAGAGACAAUCAUCUCUCCGGCCUAAUCCCGGAUUCGUUGACUAUGAUAGGUUCGCUCCAAGUUGUGAAUUUGACUAAUAAUAUGUUCCAAGGCCCGACUCCCAAAUUCGCAAAGACAGUUCAGGUUGAUGCAGCACCUGACACUAAUAGUUUCUGUUCAGACCAGCCUGGUCAACAAUGUGAUUCUAAGGUCAACGUAUUGUUAGCCAUAGCCAAGGAUUUCGGAUACCCAUCCCAGUUCGCACAGGACUGGAGGGGUGAUCGUCCUUGUAUCCCCCCUUGGAGGGGCAUAAGCUGCGAUAAUGACCAAAUUUCGGUUGUGAAUUUUCAAAAAAUGGGACUCACAGGGACGAUUUCCUCCAGCUUUGCAAAUAUCACAACACUGCACACGUUGAUUCUGUCCAGUAAUAAUCUCACUGGAACCAUACCAGAGCAGCUCACAAGUUUGACUGAACUUAAGUUACUAGACGUUUCGAAUAAUAAUCUUCACGGUAAGGUGCCUAAGUUUAACGAUAGUGUGAAAGUGACAACCGAUGGAAAUGCCAAUAUUGGGAAAGAUGCCCCUCCUCCUCCUCCUUCUCCUUCAACAACCCCACGUUCUCCUAGUGGUAGGCCUCCUUCUCGACCAAGUACAACACCUAGUUCUGCCCCCACCACUGAUGUUGGUGGUGAAAAGAAAUCAUCCACAGGCGUGGUUGUUGGUGGAGCAGUUGGUGCUGUCAUUGCUAUAGCCGCUUUGGCUGGGAUAAUUUUCUAUUGCUUCUGCCAAACAAAGAAGAAGCGGUCUGGGAAAGUGCAGAGCCCACACACAAUGGUCAUCCAUCCUCGCCAUUCUGGAGAUGCUGAUGCGGUUAAAGUUACAAUUGCGGAUUCGGGCUUUAAUGGAGGAGGUGCAAGUGAGUCUUUCAGCUAUGGAAGUAGUGCACCUAGUGGAGAUGCACAAAUCAUUGAGUCAGGCAACCUGACGAUCUCUAUCCAAGUUCUAAAGAAUGUUACUAAAAAUUUCGAUGAAAGUAAUAUUCUUGGGAGGGGCGGUUUCGGAACGGUUUAUGGGGGUGAGUUGCACGAUGGGACGAAAAUCGCUGUCAAGAGGAUGGCAUUGGGUGCAGUAGGGGAUACAGGUUUGGGUGAGUUUAAAUCCGAGAUUUCAGUGCUUACCAAAGUUCGACAUAGGCAUUUGGUUGCAUUGCUUGGGUAUUGUUUGGAUGGGAAUGAGAAGCUUCUAGUUUAUGAGUACAUGCCUCAGGGGACACUUAGUCGGUUUCUGUUUGAUUGGAAGGAAGAAGGCUUGAAGCCGCUCGAGUGGAUGAAGAGGAUAACAAUUGCUUUGGAUGUGGCUAGGGGGGUUGAGUACUUGCAUGGUUUGGCACAACAAAGUUUCAUUCACAGAGAUCUUAAGCCAUCAAAUAUUCUUCUAGGGGAUGAUAUGCGGGCUAAAGUUGCUGAUUUUGGGCUUGUUCGCCUUGCGGAUGGGAACGCUUCAAUCGUCACUAGAUUAGCCGGAACGUUCGGUUACCUUGCACCGGAAUAUGCAGUUACUGGGAGAGUGACAACCAAGAUUGAUGUGUUCAGUUUUGGAGUCAUUCUAAUGGAGCUAAUUACGGGAAGGAAAGCGCUGGACGAAUCUCAGCCGGAAGAGAGUGUGCAUCUCGUCCCGUGGUUCCGCAGGAUGCAGCAGGACAAGGAGCAAUUCAAGAGCGCGAUCGACUCCACAAUUAACCUGAGCGAAGAAGUGCUGAUCAGUUUAAACACUGUAUCUGAGUUAGCGGGUCAUUGCUGCGCACGGGACCCGCACCAAAGGCCCGACAUGAGCCAUGUGGUCAACGUGCUCUCAUCCCUAGCCGAGCUGUGGAAGCCCGCCGAACCGAGUGUGGAGGAUGAUUUUUACGGAAUCGACGUUUAUGACCUCAGCCUGCCGCAGGCUAUUAAGAAGUGGCAGGCUCUCGAGGGGAUGAGUGGGAUUGACACGCCUUCUUAUCUUGGUAGUGCGGACAAUACACAGUCUAGUAUACCCACACGCCCGAAUGGGUUUGCUGAUUCGUUUACUUCAGUAGAUGGACGGUAAUGUGCAUUCAGCUCUCCGUUCUGUUCGUUCAUAUGUUCGUCCAUAUCCUCUGUAUCACCACAGUUUCCUUCUCCAUUGAAUCUCAAAUGUUUAUGAUGUUGGAUUUUGUACAAGAAAGGUAAUAUCGUACAAUGCAUGCUGCACUGUGUUUUUUUAAUGUUAUAAAGAAGUCAUGAACUAGAAGUGGAUAUAGUCUUGUUUAUUAAACUGAUGAUGUUUUGGUAUCUCCAUUCCUCCAUUAUUGCAUCUGGGCAUGGUUGUC